AUGGUUUGUCCACGGCAUCGAGAGACAUACAGAGUUGGCUGGAGGACAGGAAAGACCAGAUGUUCAGUUCCAACCGAGAUUGCAGGACAUAAGUCCUCUACGGCCAAAGGUGACCGUGGAAUCAGUAGCAGCGAGUCGGCUUUCGUCCUUUCAACAGUAAAAACGUUUCUUCCAGUCGGAACACGUGAGUCAAUCCUUUUCAAACUAUACCCGGGUACAUCGGCUCUGUUCAAUAACCAAUAGAAGCCUGGGGGAUACCCCAGACUGAUUUCGAGUGACUGUCAGACGGUCCAACCCAGGAUAACACUCAAACAGAAGUUUAGUUCCGUCUGUGACUGGAGAUUGUGGCUCAGGCUAAGCCGAGUGAUUAUCCAAACAUUUUUGUAGGCUUUGAAAUAUACGAUUCCAGGUUUUUUUUUUGCGGUGGGGGACCAUUUUUGAAACUUUUUUUUUCAUUUUUUUGCUGAAGAUGACCAUGGUAUGCCUUGCUUAUCUCGACUGCGUCAGGCUCGUGCUAUAUCAAGUAAUCCUUUCUGCCUCCGAAAUUCAGCAUUAGAUUUAUGGCUUUCAUUUUGCUAUCAAUCAAUCAUCCCUUCGAUUGAAAUCUGGAGUUGAAGUUGUUUGUGUCAAUCCUGCAAAGAAAUUCCCAGAAAUAGAUAUUCCAGACCAAAGGAUCUUGAAGAUAAAACUUCUUUCGAUCAAUGGCAGGUACGCGAAAACUCACUGAGAAUAGAAGCGUGGAAGAGCUUGCCUUGAGGGAGCUUUCCUCUUCGAUCGGCCAAGAGAGAGCGCCUACGUGCCAGCAAACCCACCCAAUCAUCUUGCGUCUCUCUUUCUGUUGCUCUAUUUCCUCUCUCCUCCGAAGAGGCCUCGUUGGGUCGUGGGUAGGUUGAGAAAGGAAAAUGGGACGCAGAGCAGGAGAAGAUGGUAUGAUCGUCCCCCGCGCGUGUACUACAUUUUAUUAAUUAUAGCUAAAUAAAUAUUUAUGCAUUUGUCGUAGGUGCUCACAAAGUGACCUUAUUGGCUCUCAGUGACAUCCUCUUUCUCUCUGUUCCUUUUCCUCAUGAAUUAGCCUCUCCCUAUAUCAUUAUUGAGCUUAAAUACAGGCACAAACCUAAUUCUUUUCAGCACCUUAACAUGUAUUUCUCAUUUCUUUAUUUUUGUGAAGCUAUUUGUAAAAGAUCCAGAGGAAACUUAACUGAGCUUAUGGCCGACUUUUCUUUGGAGCCAACCCUUAUGGAAACCCCUUGUUCAGGGGAGCCUCCGUUCACCUCGGUUGAGUCAGAGGUCAUGCCCUCCGAGAUACCUAGCUCUGAGGAAAGUGAAAAAGAGCAGGAUGAACAGGUAAAAAUGCUAAUAUAAUACAAAAUAUAAUGCUUCUGAAUAACUUAAUCUGGAAAUAUUUAUUCCAUAUUUAUAACCUAUUCUGACAACUCCUUAAAACGGGAGAACAUGGCUGAAAGUUACGCUAAUCCUACUCGCCUCUGUCAUAAACGUACUUAACAACUACAUUGAGAAACAGAUCUACCCAAGGGAAACAUGAAAAAAAAACAAACAAACACAAACAAAUGAGAUAAGCAAAAGCAAAACAAAUUAAAGUGUAUUCCUAGGGUUAUUCAUUUUUUACUUUAAUCAUUUAACGACUCACCUUUCCUUGUUUUGUUUCAGGAAAGUGAAAAAAGCACGAGCUCAGAGAGGCUGGUACCAGGCAUUCAGAAACUUCAAAUUCCAGAUGAAAGUUAUCUUCCAUCCUCCGAGACUGCAAGCACAACAUCAUCUAGUGGAGAGGAUGCAAAAUAUCAGCUUCAAAAAGCCAAGCUGAAUGCUUUUUUAGAACAAUGUAAUGUCGAACCUCUUGUCAGACAUUGGAAAGACUGGAGCAAAGCAAACGAACGUACACAAGAACGAUAUGUUAGGCGUCCAUCUGAGAUAAUCAAGUCGGUUUUGUCUGUUGUAUACCCUGAAAACUGCGUCCACUUGUGGAAGGAGAUAAAAGUAUCCUCUGCAAUGGAUAAGCUGAUGGGUACCGAUUCUUUGCAGCUUUCUUCCAACAGCAGCUACCUUGAAGCCUUCUCUGAGGCAUAUAAGAACGCAGCCAGUUGGGACGCCCGCGGCAAGUCUUGUUGA